GGGAAAGUUCGUCGGGAAGCCCGGCCUGCCUCUGCCCGGCCCCUCAGCGAGGCGGCCGCGGUGGGAGGGGGGCUGACGGCGGCGGCGCAGGGCUGCGGCCGCCGGAACGGGCGAGGGGCGGAGCGGAGAGACCCUGUGGCUGCCAUAACCGCCUCCCCCUCCCCGCAGCCUGCCUUAAAUACUAUGGGGCGGCCGUAGCUGCGGCGGGCGCCGCUGCCGAGCGCACCAUGCGGGCUGUCAUCGCCUUGGCCGCCGCGCUGGGUAGCCUGCUGCUGGGCGGCUGUCUGCUGCGCUUGGGCGGCCAGCAGCCCCUCCGCGCCAGGGGCUGGGAGGAGGACGCAGGAGCGGCGGCUGUCACGCCGAAAGUGGUGCGAGCCCUCAGGUCGCCCUCGCCCUCCCCUCCUCAGGCCGGGAACAGAACAACUGUUAAUAAAAAUGGAAUUUACCAGUUUGAACAGGCUUCAAAAUGUAAGGCAAUUCAGGACAACAUUUUGUCAUCAUCUAUCAAGAAGAAAAGAUAUGCAGAAGAUUAUUAUCUUCACAUAGUCAGAAAACUGCAGAACUGCACCUGGAUAAGGAGACCAGAAGAAUCUACAAAAUUCAGGUCAGAAUUAGCUUCCUGCUGUGAUGCAGUUCACAAUUUUAUUGCUUCUCAAAACAACACCCCACUGGGAAGUAACAUGAGUUACGAAGUGGACAGUAAAAAGACCAUCCUCAUUACAGAGGACAUUUUUAAGAUGCUGCCUGUGUCCUCUCCUCUUUCAGCCUAUCCCUUCAAGACCUGUGCCGUGGUUGGAAAUGGAGGCAUUCUGAAAAACUCCAGCUGCGGAGCUGAAAUCGAUCGUUCUGAUUUUGUGUUCAGGUGUAACCUCCCUCCAACCACGGGAAGCAUUAGCAAAGAUGUUGGCAAUAAAACAAACCUUGUGACUGUUAAUCCGAGUAUCAUAGCUCAGAAAUACAACAAACUAAAUGAAAAGAAGACAGAAUUUCUGGAGAACAUUGCAGUCUAUGGAGAUGCUUUCCUUUUACUACCAGCAUUUUCCUUCAGAAGCAACACGGCCACUUCUUUUAAAGUAUAUCACACUCUACAAGAGUUCAAAGCAACCCAAAGGGCAAUAUUUUUUCACCCCACCUAUCUGAAAAGUCUUGCCCAGUUCUGGAGAACUAAAGGUGUGAAAGCUUACCGGUUGUCAUCUGGUUUUAUGAUCACUAGUGCUGCUCUUGAGCUGUGUGAGAAUGUGAAGCUCUAUGGCUUCUGGCCUUUCUCAAAAUCCACAGAUAAGAUGCCAAUCAGCCACCACUAUUACGACAACCAGCUGCCUAAACCAGGUUUCCAUGCAAUGCCCAAAGAAUACAACCAGAUCCUUCAGCUUCACAGCAAAGGCAUUUUGAAGUUGCAGUUUGGUAAAUGUGAAUCAGACUAAAAAGGUCCAGUUCAGCUCCAAAUGAGGACAGUAAACUAGGUUCCAUGCUGCAAUCCCCAGAGUCCUGGUAGGGUGUGACUCUGCACACAUCCCUGCAAUCCCAGCUCUUUGUCUCGGCUGACAUAUGAGGUGGACCAUUCAUUAGAAAAAUUAUAGGUACCAAACCUAUAUUUCUUCUGUUUCUUUUUCACCUAGCAUAGCUUGUAUCAAUAUGUGACUACAGAUGAGGAAACUGCACUAAAUGAUAUUAGAAGAAUAUUCCUCUUGGAAUCAACCCCAAGCUUUUUUCCUAUACCAGGACAUAUGAGAAAAGAACCCACAUUCACUUAAUUUAAAACCCACGCAGUUCUUGUGCUUUAAGUUUCUUUGUGGUCCAGGAAUACCUGUGGAACAACAUCCUACGACAAGAGAAAGUGAAAUAUCAACCUGAAUCACAUUAACAUUUACAGGAGCUAUGACAAGCAGGUAUUGCCCUAGCUAUGGCUGCUUGUACGUUAUUGCUUAUAUAUUUUACUGCAGGAAAAGAAACCCAACAAGCAAACAAAAAAACCCAACCCAAUAAAAAAUUCAUAAUAACCAGUUUCUGUUAAAAGACCAGUUUCAGUGGGUUUUUUGAGAGUCUAUUGAAUGAUCAGUUCAAAUAUAGAGUGUCCUUAUCCAUCUUUUACAGUCAGAUACUAUUGGUUAUUUUAUUCACUAAAACUCCUUUUUCCACUGUAGCAUUAAAUCCCGAAUCAAGUGAUUUAAAGGGCAUUCAAUAUUCCACUCAUUGAGGAUUAUAUCUGCAAAAAAAUCCUACUUAAAUGAAUUGAACCUUAUAAAAUAAGGUUCAAAAAAACUUUUAAACUGAUACUUCAUAAGAGCACUUCUAUAUUGUUGUAAUAUUUGAAAGCUUACCUUGCAGCAGUUUUAUAAUCACAUAAAAAACACUGAAAGUAUUAGAGUCAAUCAUUAUGGUUCCAGGUCUGUUAGUUGAGACACAUUCAGCAUCUUGAUCCAUUUCCAAGAUAAUGAUAUCAGAAUCCAAUAUUCUCCUAUCCAAGCAAAAGUGUCCAUAAAUCCUGGCUGCAUAUAUCAGCAGUAAAGUCAGGUUUUGAAAAUAUGUUUUUUUUAAAAAUAGAUAGUGCUUUGCGGCAUUGAAUGACACCACUAAUACACGAGUGGACCUCUGAAUAUCAGCAGGGCUUUUAACAGAAACAAAGACAGAAUUGAGUCAAUGGCUACAUCUGCGUUACCAGCUGGUAACUGAAAGAGGCGAGCACAAGGGUUUGAUUUACUGUGAUCUGUUAUGGUUCCAGCACCAAACAUCUACAUUUUGUCUUCACCAGUAGUGAUAUUUGUGCCAGUUUCUGGCCACAGGCAUCUGCUGCUCAAGUGCGGAGAGCUGGCUGCUGCAAGACCCUGCAUCCAUGUUACAAGUGUUACGGGCGAUUGCCUACGGCAAGACCCUACUUAUAGAGCACAGACAAAUUGGCUCCCAAAAGAGCUCAUCCUGUGCCAUAAAUCACUCAUGUAGGCUGUCCCUGAGUGUUUGUAGCUGGAAGCUGUGCAAAGUGAUGUCAUCGUUCGUUGGGUGAUGCAAACAGCCUGGGUUGAGGAGAACCACGUCAUAUUUCAUCCAGAG